AUGUACUCGAUCGAGUCCAUGGAGCCGACCGAGGACGUCGCCUAUGUCCACACCUUCGCUGACCUGUCGAGCCUCUCCCGCGAUGCGCGUCUAGCUCUGUGCUCACCCAAGCAUGUCGUCCAGCUGAAGAGCCUUGCUCCGGAGGUUUUCGAGUACGUCAUGCCAGCGAACGUCUUCAAAGCCUUUUCGCCUCUGGUCUUCCAGCAGGCUUUCCAGAUCCCCGGUGAGGACCAUGAGGUUCGGCGCUCCGUGCUCAUGCUGGCGCCCAGCGGAACCGAUCCUGCCGCUAUCGAGUACAUCUGCGAUUGGAUGGUCUCAACCUGCAACCAGGCCGACCCCUUCCGUCUGUCGGUCAAGGGCAACUUCUUCGCUUGGGUUGAGCUGUUGAAGGCCGCGCUUCUCCUUCAGGUUCAUGCGGCCGAGACCGUCAUUUGGCCGAGGCUGGCCUUCUUCAUUACUGAGGAGCCGCUAGAAUUCCAGCAUCUGGACACGAUCAUGAAGAACUUCUCCAUGAACAGCAAGAUUGUCAAGCAUCUCCUCCACAAUGUGAGCUACCGCCGGAUCGCGGGUGACAUCACCCCCAGUUGCGAGUUCUUCGUCCAGAGCAACGAGUUCUUUCAAAACUUGCUCGGCCAAGUCGCCCACCAGCAGCAGCAGAGCGGCGCCAUGGCCAUGGGCAACGUUCGUAACUUCAACCGCUGGAACUCGCAGAAUGCCGCCUACCGUCGUCAGCGUUUUGAGGAACAGCAGCUCCAGCAGCAUGACCAGCCGGCCUUCCGCUACGCUCAGCACCACAGCAACAAGAACCGUCGCCACAACGGCAACGGCUAUGGACAUGGCAACAACCGUCACAAUGGCGUUGGCGGAAAGCACAAGCGUGAGAACAUGGAGGACUGGGCCCGCCGCACAGCCGCUGGAGCUACCUGGGACGAUUCUCCUGCUGCUCACCAGGGUGGUGCUUACGACGUCCGCGUCCUCAACCCGGGUGAGGCUACUGCUAGCGGCCUCAUCGCUUAA